UCGACAUUGAGGCAGCUUUUAUUCUAUUUUCUUUUCUUUCUAGUCUGACUGCUGAACAGUUCUGCUGGUGUGAGCCUGUCUAUUUAUUUUUUUUUUUUCAAGCUUGCAUUGAAGCAUAUUGAUCCCAAGCAGGCGAAAAAGAAAAAGGACGACGAAAACGUCCAUGAAUCCGUCACGCAUAGGAAUAAUAUUUCUGUUUGUUGGAGGUUCGAGUGCAAAACUAUUGUGUUGGAAAUAAUUGAGGUUACGUGCGAUACGUCAACAUAACAAGAUCAUUUGCAUUGAUAAAGUAGGCAUUGCCAGGUUUUUAACACGAGAGGAAGCUAAGAAAUGGGACGAAUCAGACGUCUGCUUUUGGUUCCUACCAGCCAAUCAGAAAGCCAAUCUUAUUCUGAAGAAGUAAGCUUCAUGUUUGUCUGGAGGUUUCAGUUUGCAUGCAUUAUUGAUUCAGCUUGGGUGGAGUUGGUGUCCCGUUCACACACGCAAGGUGUAUUUAUUUAUUUGCAUGUAUUCCCACGACACUCUUUGUCAAUUCAGAUGAACUCCUGCUAACGGGACUUAUUGCCUCUCUUACUUCAGCUGUACACCCCACUGCACUACACACUCUAAUGAGACUCAUUGCCAGCUGUUGCAUCAAAUAAACAAAGACAACGAUGCUCACUUGUGAUAGAGCUAUUCUUUUUUUUCUUUCAUUUUUUGUGGUUCUAGUUAGCAAUGCUGUCGAACGAAAUGCAUCGUGAGAGGAGCUUGUAGUAUUCCGGGUGACCUCGUUUUUGCAGGCGUCCUCUAAAACUGAGCAGCAUUGCUUUAUUUGAUAUUAAUAUUGUCCUUUCUUCCUUUACAUAACCCUAACGCUAACAGAAUGGUUUGGUAAAGCUGCUGACCUGAUUAGUACCAUCCAGUAGUCAAAUAAUGUUUCAAUAAUUGAGCUUCAAAUGAACGGGUCCUCCAAUUUGUCAACCAGAUAAUAUGCGUGUGUGUUCUGUCCACACGUUUCUCAUUUUCCGACAGACAAAAGGCGGACUUUGUAUGUUUGCCGGCCACCUUCCGCACGCAGGAGUUAUGCCUCUCCUUGGAUGAACGCCCGAGAUUCCUUCUCCCGUCGCCAGUAAAUUCCCUGCCGCUCCCUCUCGGCCCCUUCAACUCUCACCCUCACAAACGACUCAUCUCUAAACGGACGGGGUCCGCACGCUCUUCAGAUGAACUCUUCUCUCCUGACGUAGCCCCCCAAAAAACAAAACUAUGGAGGUUUCCGCUGAGCCUUCGCCUCCUCGUGUGUCUGAAUGCUCAGGCCUUCCCAGCCCUUCUUCUGCUGGCCUCGAACGUAGCAGCACCGCCACCGAUUCUUCCCAAUCUACCGUCCCGAGGAGAAGAACCUUUGCCUCUGCAGCCCAGCGAGUCAUCAUCCGGGAACGACUCAGAAAAGCAGAAGAGGAAGACGACAGCGAUGACGAAGAAGAUAAGGAACCAGAGGAAGUCUUCUCGAAAGACCAGAUGGAAGAGAAAGCCAAAGCGGGCGAUGCCAGAGCUCAGACUCGGUUGGGUCAGCACUACUUGAUUCUUGCUGAAGAAGAGGAUGUAGAUCUAAACAAUCGUCUGGCUGUUAAUUGGUUGAUAAAAGCGGCAAAACAGGGAAGAAAGAGUGCAGCAAGAGCCUUGCAGCGCUGUUGGAUCCGUAAAAUAGGAAUCACAGCGGAGAAUGAGGAAGAUGUUCGGAAACUGUCGGCAGAGAGUAAGUUUGAAAGGGCAGUGCGUAAAGCAGCUAUGCUGAUGUACUGGAAGCUAAAUCCAGAGAAGAAGGCUAAAGUGGCCGUGACUGAGAUGCUGCAGAAUAUCGGCCAGGUCAACGCAGGACUGGGAGACGCUGGAAAAGGGAUAUCUGACCCCACCUCGGACGAGACUCAGAAAAUACUGGAAAACAUGGUCACCUGUGAGAGCGAUCACUUGGUGGACCUGGAUGACUUUGUGGAGAUGACUCAAAGUUACGCUCAAGGUAUCGCUCCCUCAUCUUCUGAACCACAAACCCCCGAUGGCACAGAGGUGGAGCUGGCCCCCUCAGAAGACGAGAAGCCCCACAGAGGGUCUUGGAAUUUUGGCGGAAGGGGGAUGAUGCUGGACACGAAGCAGACUAGCGCCAUUCAAAAAGCAAUGGCUAUGAAAUCACGUUUAGCGAUGCUGCACCAUCCGCUGGAUUCUGUGAUGGAGGUGAAGGAGCACCUGGUGGACUGGGCAUCGCGGGCCGGCGUCCAGUGGCUGAGCACCGUCAUCCCGACGCAACACGUCAACACGCUCAUCUUCUUCUUCAUCAUCAGUAACCUCACCAUUGACUUGUUUUCCUUUGUCAUCCCGCUCCUGGUCUUCUAUCUCUCCUUCAUCUCCAUGAUUAUUUGCACACUGCGUGUUAUUCAGAGUAGUAAGACCUGGGAGAACUUUCGAGCCCUGACGUCUCUCCUGACCCGUUUUGAACCCGGCCUGGAUGUUGAGCAGGCAGAGACCGACUUUGGCUGGAAUAACCUCGAGCCGUACCUCUACUUUAUAUUCUCCGUCUUCUUCGUCAUAUUCUCGUUCCCUGUCGCUGACAAGGGCUGGAUACCCUGUUCGGAGCUCUCGACGGUGGCCAUCUUUUUCACGGCGGUGAGCUACCAAAGCCUCAGUCCAAUGGCUGCGACAUACGCGCGACGAGCAAUGGUCAUAGAGGUUGCUUCGUCUCUUUGUGGCCUGACUCAGCUGCUGCCUGAAAACAUGACAAUGUUCGGCAUCCUCGGACGCACCUUUGCAACUCUGCCACUAGGGGAGUCAGUCGUGCUGCAGCUCAGUAUUCCCUGCCUGCUGUAUGUUUACCUUUUUUACCUUUUCUUCAGCAUGGCCAGAAAGCGCGGCUUCCGGGGGACGUACUGCAUCCUGGUGCCCUACCUGGUGUGUUUCAUGUGGUGCGAGUUCUCAGUGGUGCUCCUCCAGAAUUCCACGGCUGUGGGCAUACUCCGCACCUGCGUGGCCUACUUCCUCUUCCUGUUUGCGCUGCCUGUUCUGGCGGUGGGCCUCGCCAUCAUGCUCUUAAUCCAGCUCUUCAAGUGGUUCCUGGAGCUGGAGCUCACCAAAAUGAUUGUCACUUUAGUGGUGUGCACCAUCCCCGUCACUCUCCGGCUCUGGACGCGGUUCAGCACGUCAAUUCUGGGUGUUUUCCGCUCGAUGACACGCCGCGGCCCCGUUAAACUCAUCUUACUUUGCAUCUCCAUGGUGAUCCUGUUCUUCUCGAUCUACGUGUACCACACAGAAGGUCAGAAAGUCUACAACUCCACCUUGACUUGGGACCAAUACAGUCAGGUGUGCGGACCCCCUGCCUGGCAAUCCAAAGGAAUGGUCAAGACACAGAUCUUCUGCAGCCACCUGCAGGGGCACAGGGUGACCUGGACAGGCCGCUUUCAGCACGUCAGCGUGGCCGAGACGGAGAAUGGGGCGCAGUCUGUCAUUAACAUGUUGCCCGUGUUUCUUGGGGACUGGCUGCGAUGCCUCUAUGGCGAGACAUACCCUAAAUGUGAGCCGAAGAAUGGGACAAACCAGACAUCUUCCGGCUCCACGCCAGUUGCCGUCUCGCUGCCCAUGCUGCUACGAAUGCAAGAAGAAGAAGAGAUGUGUCAGAUCAAGGGUCUGGCCAAACACGCCUGCCACGUCAAGCGCUUCGACAGCUACCGAUUCCGAGUGACCGUCGGGAUGAUCGGGGACCGAAGCGUACAGGCGGACGACCCGGGCAUGGAUAUCGUGCUCGUGGCCAGCCAUGAGUUCCGACAGGUCCUGCUCAACUUGGAAGCGGGUAAUAUGGUGGAGUUCUGCAUCAAGCUGGAGGGCCGCCUAGGGGCCAAGGCUGCGGCCUUCGAGUUGAAGGCUAUCAACUGUCUGGACUGUGUUUCCCCACUGUCGCCUGGCGGUAGGCAGGUAAAGAUAGAACGAGACUGGAGACGUACGACAAUGCGAGCCCUGAAUUUUGCAUUUGAUUUCUUCUUUUCGCCGUUCCUGUCAGCAAAGAUCACCGGCUGAGAACAGAAUCAAGGAGGGCACCAAAGCUGCUGUGCUGUACUGUAUCGUUCAAAAUUUGACUUCCCCAGCGAGCCACCUUGGAUUUCUUUAUGUGAAGAUAGUCACUGAUGUCAGCCAACAGACAUGAUAGUGAUAAAAGUAAUGUUUCAUUUUGAGUGGGCAUGAGUUUAUACUCCAGUUUGUUGUUUAGGUCCGUUUUUAGGGUGUUAAGACCCAAACUUUGGCUGGAAAAACUUACAUUUCCUUGGUGUGCAGGACAAUGUGUUUUUGAACCCAUUCAUUUGCUUGACUGCAUAUCUUGUUGAGAGCCACAGGGAAGAUGUGGUCUGGUAAAACGCAGUCUCCAUCCUGGACUGGUUUGUCAGUCAAUCGCGGGGAAUUGGGAAGAGUGGGAAUCGACCGCAUUGCAGCUGCACAAAAGCGACCAGAACCGCAGCACUAACAAUGGCUAAACUGCAUCAUUUGAAUACCUUUUGUAAAGGAGUCUUUGAAAAGUGAGGCAACUAACGAGGAUUUGGUCGGCCACAUCUGUAGACCAACUGAUCUUUGGGGACUAUUAUCCUAUGUUCAAACAGGAACAGGAUGUCUGACACCAAAAGGGAAAUGAUUUGUUUGCAUGUUUACAUGAGUGUACACUAUUUAGUUUUGUAUUUAUGUUUUUUUUUUUUUUUU